ACAGGGUAAGCAACUGUGCUUUCCGCCCGGUCCUCCGUUCAUACAGCUACUGAGCACAGCUCAGUGAAUCCUGGCGGUAUGCCAUCCCAGGUGCCACGGAAUCCCCUUUCCGAGGACAUAACCCCUGAAGCCGCACCUUUUGCCGCAUCAAGCUUCAGCAACAAGUCCGUGAGAAGGGCUUUUAUCCGGAAGGUUUACCUCCUUCUGGCCGCGCAGAUAAUCAUCACCUUCACAGUGGUCUGUGUCUUCACCCUAGUACCAGUCGUCAGGCAGGGUGUCCAUCGAUAUCCGUGGAUUUAUUAUCUAUCAUAUGCUGUGUUUCUAGCCACCUAUAUCGCACUCGGCUGCUUCGUGGAAUGUCGCAGGCGUUGGCCGAUGAACCUCAUUUGUUUAGCAAUUUUCACUUUGGCGUUGUCCUACGUGACUGGCUGCAUCGCUGCCUAUCACAAUACCGAGGCGGUCCUGAUCGCCCUAGCCAUGACUGUGGUUUUAUGCCUGGCAAUCACACUGUUUGCAAUUCAAACCAAAUGCGACUUCACAAUGUGUUCUGGGCUGAUAUUCGCCCUCACGAUGGUCGUGUUUCUCACUGGACUGGCGUGCAUGAUUGUGUACUUUGUCUCUGGCAGGAAUCGAGUCCUACAAGCCGUCUACGCGGGGCUCGUUCUUGUUCUUUUUAGUAUCUUACUGGUUUACGACACACAACAAGUGAUCGGAGGUCGAAAAUAUGAAAUUGGGGAGGAGGAUUACAUCUUUGGCACUCUCCAGCUCUACGUGGAUGUGGUAGCCAUCCUGGUUGCCUUAAUCGGAUUGACCAGCAUAUCAGAUUGA